UGCGCUCCUGUGUAAGCAGAAAGUCCCCGGCCUUUUAUUGCGAAGAGGAGGAGACAAAGAGUCGGACAGGACUAACAGGGCUGCAGUCACUCCCUCGGGAACUUCCUGUUGUCACCGACUCGGCUCGGGAUUAGCCCAGCGCUCGCCCGCCCGCCGGCCCGAAGGACAGCCGGACAGCAGGGUGGGAACGCUAAGGCUCUGCGGAGUGGGCCACAUCCUUGUGUUUGGGACUCAGGCUCUCUUGAGGCUCCCUAUGCUGAGGUUGUGUUUUCUCAUCAGUUUGUUGUGCUUGGUGAAAUCAGACACGGAUGAAACAUGCCCGUCCUUCACCAAACUGAGCUUCCACAGCGCAGUGGUUGGUACAGGGCUAAAUGUAAGGCUGAUGCUCUACACGCGGAGAGACCGCACCUGCGCACAAGUCAUCAACUCCACAGCUCUGGGGAGCUUAAACGUGACCAUGAGAACCACCUUUAUUAUCCACGGCUUCCGGCCAACAGGCUCCCCUCCGGUUUGGAUGGAGGAGUUGGUACAGAGUUUGCUUGAUGUUCAGGACAUGAACGUGGUGGUUGUUGAUUGGAACCGGGGAGCUGCGACCGUGAUAUACAGCCACGCUUCUAGCAACACCAGAAAAGUUGCUCUGAUUCUGAAGGAAUUUAUCGACCAGAUGUUGGACAACGGAGCUUCGCUGGACAGCAUCUAUAUGGUUGGCGUAAGCCUAGGAGCCCACAUAGCUGGAUUUGUUGGAGAAAUGUACAAAGGGAAGCUGGGGAGAAUCACAGGUCUUGACCCUGCGGGCCCUUUAUUCAAUGGGAGACCGCCUGAGGACAGAUUAGAUCCCAGCGAUGCACAGUUCGUCGACGUCAUCCACUCCGACACUGACGCACUGGGCUACAGAGAACCGCUAGGAAACAUAGACUUCUACCCGAAUGGAGGACUGGAUCAACCCGGUUGUCCCAAGACGAUAUUUGGAGGCAUAAAGUACUUCAAGUGUGACCACCAGAUGUCCGUGUUCCUGUACCUUGCCUCCCUGCAAAAUAACUGUUCCCUCACUGCCUAUCCCUGCAACUCCUAUCGGGAUUAUAGGAACGGCAAGUGUGUCGGCUGCGGCGUUGGAAAAACAGAGCCCUGUCCCCUCCUGGGCUACUAUGCCGACAACUGGAAAGCCUACCUGUGGGGCAGAGGUCCUCCAAUGACGAAGGCCUUCUUCGACACAGCUGAGGAAAAACCGUACUGCAUGUAUCAUUAUUUUGUGGAUAUCGUGUCUUGGAACAAGAGCGUAAGAAGAGGGUUCAUCACAAUCAAACUGAGAGGCGAAGAUGGAAAUAUCACAGAAUCCAAAAUUGAUCAUGAGCCAUCGGUAUUUCAGAAGUACCAUCAAGUGAGUCUACUUGCAAGAUUUAAUCAAGAUCUGGAUAAAGUGGCAGAAAUUUCCUUGUUGUUCUCCACAAGGUCUGUUGUAGGCCCCAAGUACAAGCUUAGGGUCCUGCAAAUGAAGCUGAGGUCCCUGGCCCAUCCAGACAGGCCUCACUUGUGUCGCUAUGAUCUCGUCCUUAUGGAAAAUGUUGAGACGUUCUUCCAGCCUAUUCUGUGCUCGAGGCAGCCGGCAUAGCUGCUGUUAGGUCAUGUGGGCAGCGAUGAUGUAAGGAUUCCUAAAGCUACAGGCUCAUCCUGAAGGCU